UUAUACUCAAACACCACAAUCACAUCUCGAUUGAAUUUGUAUUUAAAAUACAAUUAAAACGUGUAUUUGUCAUGAUUUUAUAUAAUUAUAAUUAAUAAAUUGAAAAUUAUUGUACAGGACUGAUGCAGAUAAGAAUUUUUCGUGUUUUGUUUAUGCACUUAGAACAGCGGUAUUAGUGGCUUGUUUACUAAGCUCUACAGCUUAGUAAGGAUGAUCUUGGAGGACUCUCUACUAUUUGCUAUAUCCCUAGCAGACACAGGAGCUAUAUUAUUUUUAUUGGUAUAUUUUAUAAUAACUCUCUCUGACUUAGAAUGUGAUUAUUUAAAUGCACAACAAUGUUGCUCACGAUUGAACCAAUGGGUCUUGCCAAAAAUUAUAGCUCACAUAUUUUUGAGUUUUCUGUUGCUAAUUCAUGGACAUUGGAUCCUAAUGUUUGUAAAUUUGCCCAUGGCUGGAUGGAUGGCUUAUGAAGUGAUCUCAGUACCCAGGGGAAAUCUUGGAGUUUAUGAUCCUACAGAAAUUCAUAACCGAGGCCAGUUGAAAAGGCAUAUGAGGGAUUGUAUGGUUAACCUAGGGUAUUAUCUCAUAUUUUUCUUUAUUUAUUUAUACUGUAUGAUCGUGUCGCUGUUAAAAGGAGAUCCUAUUAACCGCAAAGAUGAAAAUGAAAUAUUAAGCGAUUUCUAGAUAUAAGUUUAUGAUGGUUACAACGAGCAAGCUGUGUGUGUAUGUGUGCUAUUAUUGAUUAUAUUUAUUUUUCUAUUAACCGUUAUUUAUUUUGAUUCAUAGAAUCCAAACGAUUGUUAACCUAUUUAUUUAUUAAAUAA